AUGUGGUUCGAAGAGCGUAGUUGGUCAAAUCUGAGGAUGUCAGACCUAGUGGAGGAAUGGCGGGAUCUCUGGUCAUUCAAGGUGGAUUUUAUGGUAGCUGCCAUCGCAUACGUCUUUGCCACUACUAACUUCCUGAACCUGCCAAAGUUAAUUUUAGAGAAUGGGGGAUUAGCAUUCGUGGCCGCAUAUGGUAUCGUUCUCCUUGUUCUAGUACUUCCAACUAUUGUACUGGAACUUGCCGUCGGUCAAUUGACUGGACGGGCGCCAGUACAGGCGUUUUACAGUCUUUCGCCUGUUUUCAAAGGCAUCGGGAUCUCUCAAGUACUGUUCACAUUACUUGUGCUGGCGACAAUGACGCGGUUUCUUGGUUGGUUGUUUCUAUUCGUGGUUCAUCUCUUUUGGACGAUACAAGCAGAUCGACCAGGGUUGCCGUGGUUGAACUGCAAGUAUUUUCCGGAGUUAUUGUCCGCACCAUGUAGAGAUGCUGGAUCCAUGGCGAACUUCACUCUGGCAGCACACACGAAACUGAGUACGGUACGGGACGAGAGUUCUUUGAUGCAGUUCAUGAGGUGA